AUUUUCUCUCGAAACAGGUUUUUCUCAGAAAUUUACUGUUUGGAUAGGAUUGAACUGUUCGAGCUGUUCAUGUUUGCGUGAUCAUCUCCCCUCGAUACAGGUUUUUCUGAGAAUCUUAGAAUGACGUCACGGCAUAUAUAAAACCGCUUAGGAUUGUUGGUGCCUUGUCAAAACCGUAGGCAGACCGUUGGUGGCGAACUACAAAAUGAACGCUCUCUCAGUUUACAGUGUGAUGUUCAUCAUUGGGUCUGUCCUUGGCACAUCUGAUGUAGACACUGUCUGGAUGAAGACCACCAUUCAGGGCUACUUCUCCCAGUCACGGAACCACGGCACAGGCUCGACCUACAAAGAGGCGGCAAAGAAUUUCAUCUUGAAGGAGUUCGGUGACUACGGCUUGGAGACCCACACACAUACUUUUGCCGCAGGUGUCUCCACGGUCAAAGGCAACAACGUUAUUGGCAUUUCGAAAGGAAAGCUUUUCAAAACAGCAAAUGACAGGAUAGUUGGAGUCGCCGCUCAUUACGACACUGCGAUGGAUACUCCAGGCGUGAAUGCAAACGGAGCAGGGGUCGUGGGCAUGUUGCAGGCGGCCAAACAUCUCGCCAAGUUUACUCGAGACUACACCGUGGUGUUUGUUGCAUUCGACUUCUUGGAGCCCGGAACAGAUGCAUUCCCAGCCUGCACAAGUCUUGGAUGCGGAAGUAGUACGUUUAUUACUGGAUGGGUGAAUUCAUAUUGGUCCACGCUACCAACAGUAAUCGGCGUCAUUGUGAUGGACAAUAUAUUGAACUUCGAUAACAGCGCGGAAUCACAGAGUCUACCUACUGGAUUUAACAUGCUGUUUCCCAGCGUUGUGAGCAGCAUCGCCUCAAACAACAACAAAGGAGACUUCCUGACAGUCAUCGGACGUCCUUUUGACUCAGCUGUUCUCAACUCUUUCAUUCAAUCCUACACCGCUCUGGGUCAGCCGGAGUUUGGCAUGGAGAAGGUUUACAUCUCCACCUUAACUGGGCCUUCUGUUACUGUCGGCGAAACCAUCACCUACUCGGACCUUAUGAGAAGCGACCACCGUACCUUCUGGUUGAGUGGCAUCCCGUGCAUCUUCCUCACUGACACUGCCGACUUUCGGGGUUACAUGAAAACCUGCUUCCGUCAAUCAUGUGAUGACAUGAGUCAGGUCACGGACAAGAGGAUCCAGUUCGCCGGGAAGACCACUCAGGCUGUCAUUGACACUGUGGGCAAACUGGCGCAAGCAUCAAGUGCAGGAGUACACCGUCUGGAUGUGUCUAUGCUUGGAGUUCUCGUGGGGAUAAUCCUGUGGAUCAACACUGCCUUUACUGUAUAGACCCUCUGUAACCAGUUGCCCGCGCAUUGCUGACAGGACAGGCUGAAGUUUACACCAGUUCCCAUUAAAUGUUAUUGAUCCGUUUCUCAUCACCGACCAACUUUUAUAUACAAACUGGCCCUACCAUUUUUUUUGUUGAACCUUCAAGCUAAAUUCGGUUCCGAUUCCGCAGUCUUGGACUUUUCGAAUUUGCACAUUUUUCAUGACUCACAUGACGAACAAAAAUGGCGUUCGUGCUAUUUGCUAUUAAAAGGUCAUAUUAACAUAUUCUGUACAUAUCUCUUGUCUAGUUUGUGCAAUAGUAAAUUAUUAUUACAUAAAUAGAACUUCCUACAAAUUUAAAAAAGAGAUGCUGAGAAACAUGACCCUUUUUUUUCGUACGGCCUAAUCUGAAAGUGUUGCUUCAAAGCCCAAAGUCUUCAUCAUCUUCAGGAAAGAAUUGACAAUCAAAGAUUAUAUGUUUCUGUGUAGACAACAACAUCGCCUGACAAAUAAAUUCAACAAUUAUUACCAUUUUUGCAAAAACGUGUAUCGUAGACUUGUGUAGUUUAUAAAUAUGUUGAAUGUAUUGUGAAUAAUGAAAUUAUGCUGUUUAGUAUAAUGAGUAUUGUAAUUGUGGAGUAAAAUUGUGACAAAGUGUUUUAAUAUA